UGGUUUUGGAUCUCUAGAGCUUCCCUUUUUCAUGAAAUUAUGAUCUACUCCAUAUAUUCUUUCCGAACAAGAACUUUGCUGCUGCACCCUAUCCAACUAUCCAAGUUUCACAAGGCAGGGUUGUGCUUUUCUGGUUCAUAGACAAUCUUUCUUGCCCCAAGAUCAAGCUGAAUCAAGAUAAGGUAUUGUCAUACGGAGCAUCUAAUACGUAGUACUAUGAGUAAGUUUCUCGGACUUUCUACAGCCUCCGGUACUGCUCCUUGAUGUAAACCGUAGUCUGGUGUUCAUUUGUUUUCUAGGAUUUGUGGAAAAGCACUUCUGUAUUGUAUAGAAAAAACAUGGCAAGUAUUCCGAUUAUCUUGAAUGAUUGGCCUUCGCAUUUCCAAGAAAAAUGGAACUUUCAUAUUGGGAAGUCAAAAUGUUUGACGACACAUAGCAUUUUAUCUUACUCAGGACCAAAUUUUAGUACUUCAAAUUCUGCCCCUUUGAUAGGGUUGAGUAAUAGAUCAUGUAAAUCUCGGCAAAGAUUAUUACUUCCUAGCACAGAGGUUAGGUCACUGAUAAAUGACAAGAGAAAUUUAGGGACGCACUUCAGGGAAAGGGAUAGUAAUGGAAUGAGGAAAAGACAUUCAAUGAGACUGCGCCCACGAUUGCGAUUAUUAACUUGGAGAUUGAAAAGGUUCUCAGUCAGAUUAGCAUUAAACAAUGGCGGGACAUUCCUGCGCAAAAAUAUGAGAAUGGUGCUAUCUAUAUCUGUCUCCUUCAUCUUUGGCUUGUGUUAUUUGUUUCUGAAGUUGACUGCUAUGCCUUCUCCAAAAGUCGUUCCAUAUUCGGACUUGGUAAUGAACCUUCAGAGCGGUUCAGUAACUAAAGUUCAAUUUGAGGAAGGCUCUCGUCGUAUUUUGUACAAUAUCAAAACAACUGAAGAUAAUAUAGCUGAUGAUGCAGCAAGCAGCGGAAGAAUGAGUAGUGAUCAAGUUGGAAAGAAUGUCUUGUAUGAAAUGUCAAGAGCCAGUAGGUCUGCACCUGUUUGGCAGUUUUCUACUAGAAAAGUUGAUCAUGAUGAAGGUUACCUUCUCAGUUUAAUGAGAGAACAGGGAACAGCAUCAUAUGGUUCUGCCCCUCAAUCGGCACUUACAUCAAUGAGGAGUUUGUUGGUUACUGUUUUGACUUUAUGGAUUCCUUUGACCCCUCUAAUGUGGCUUCUUUACCGUCAAGUAUCUGCUGCUAGUACUACCACAGCUAGAAAAAGGAGGUCAGCUAGCCUUUUAGUGGAUUUCAGUGAUGUCGAGGGUGUGGAUACUGCAAAGAUGGAACUUAUGGAAAUAGUUAUGUGUUUGCAAGGAUCUAUAAACUACAGUAAACUGGGGGCGAAGUUGCCUAAGGGUGUGCUACUUGUUGGUCCACCCGGUACAGGAAAAACACUACUAGCACGGGCAGUGGCUGGAGAAGCAGGAGUACCCUUUUAUUCUGUUUCUGCGAGUGAAUUUGUAGAACUAUAUGUAGGAAAGGGAGCAUCUCGCGUAAGGGAGCUCUUUAAAGUUGCAAGAAAGAACUCACCUUCUAUCAUAUUCAUUGAUGAACUUGAUGCUGUUGGAGGAAAGCGUGGACGAAGUUUUAAUGAUGAAAGAGACCAAACUCUCAACCAGCUACUGACAGAGAUGGAUGGAUUUGAAUCUGAUACAAAUGUCAUUGUUAUUGCUGCUACAAAUAGACCAGAAGCUUUAGAUGCAGCUCUAUGUCGACCUGGACGGUUCUCCAGGAAAGUACUUGUUGGAGAGCCAGAUGAAAAUGGAAGGAGAAAGAUCUUAGCCGUACAUUUGAGAGGAGUACCCCUUGAGGAAGAUAUGGGACUUAUCUGUAGCUUAGUUGCAUCUCUUACCCAAGGCUUUGUGGGUGCUGACCUUGCUAAUAUUGUCAAUGAAGCGGCCUUACUUGCUGCUCGAAGAGGGUCUGAAUGUGUCUCAAGAGAAGAUAUAAUGGACGCUAUAGAAAGAGCAAAAUGUGGGAUUGACCACAAGCAAUCGCAGUCCAUAGGGAAAGAACUAGGGAAACUGUUCCCUUGGGUACCUUCUCUAAUGAAGAGGAAAGAUGGACUACAAGUGCCUUCAGGAUACCAGACACUUAGUUGAGCUUUUAGUUUUACGUUCUUUUAGCAGUUAUGAUUAGUACUUCGUAGUCAGUAGUAGUAUAUAAUAUGUGUAUAUCAACAUUUACUUUGUUAAGAAUUGGGCUUCAUCCAGAUGUACACAAGGAUUUAUGAAUUACAACACAACUUGGUACAUUGCAAUCAUGCAUAUUUCUAGUUCACAUAUUUUCAUUUACUAGAGAAAGACUUUUUGGGAUCUUGAUGUUCACCCCCCUGAAGCACAUCUUCAAAUUUUGUCGUUGGGACUAAAAUAUGGUUGAGAGUAGUCUUCUUUUUACCUC